AUGGCUGCUGUGGAGCUGGAGCCGAAGCCCCCUGGGAUGGGGACCGUGCGGCGCCUGGCCCAGGGUUGUUGGUCUGCGUUCUGGGACUACGAGACACCCAAGGUGAUGGUGGUGAAGAACCGGCACCUGGGCGUCGUGUACCGCAUGGUGCAGCUUCUGAUCCUGGUCUACUUCGUAUGGUAUGUGUUCAUCUUGCAGAAGAGCUACCAGGACAGGGAGACCGGCCCUGAGAGCUCCAUCAUCACCAAGGUCAAAGGCAUCAGCGCCUCCGAGCACAGAGUGUGGGAUGUAGAGGAGUACGUGAAGCCCCCCGAGGGAGGCAGUGUGUUCAGCGUCAUCACCAGGAUGGAGGUCACCCCCUCCCAGAUGCUUGGGACCUGCCCUGAGAGCAUAAGGGUCAGCAAUGCCAGCUGCAACUCAGACGAGGACUGUGUGGCCGGGGAGCUGGACAUGCUGGGAAACGGGCUGCGGACUGGGCACUGUGUGCCGUAUUACCACGGCCCCUCAAAGACAUGCGAAGUGUCUGGCUGGUGCCCAGCAGAAGAUGGAGCCUCAGUCAGCCAGUUCCUGGGCAAGAUGGCCCCCAACUUCACUAUCCUCAUCAAGAACAGCAUCCACUACCCCAAGUUCCAGUUCUCCAAGGGCAACAUAGCCAGUAGGGAGGACGACUACCUGAAACACUGCAGCUUUGAUGAGGUCUCUGACCUCUACUGCCCCAUCUUCAAACUGGGGUUCCUGGUGGAGCAAGCUGGGGAGAACUUCACAGAGCUGGCACACAAGGGUGGGGUCAUCGGGGUCAUAAUCAACUGGGACUGUGACCUGGACCUCUCAGCAUCCAAAUGCAACCCCAAGUACUCCUUCCGGCGGCUCGAUCCCAAGCAUGUUCCUGCCUCAUCUGGCUAUAACUUCAGGUUUGCCAAGUACUAUGAGGUGAACGGCACCACCGCCCGCACGCUCAUCAAGGCCUAUGGGAUCCGCAUUGAUGUCAUUGUGCACGGUCAGGCAGGAAAGUUCAGCUUGAUCCCCACCAUCAUCAACCUGGCCACAGCGCUGACGUCCAUUGGGGUGGGCUCCUUCCUGUGUGACUGGAUCCUGCUCACGUUCAUGAACAAGAACAAGGUCUACAGCCACAAGAAGUUUGACAAGAUUGUGGACAGUCCCAAUCCAACUGUAGGACAAGGGCUCUCUGCCUGA